ACGUUGAAUCGGUCCCGUUUUUUGCACAUUGUUUAAUUUCUUGUGGCAAAUGUGGUGUGUGGAAGUUGUUUCUCUGUGCCAAUAAUCUUUCGCCUCCCAAAAAAGGCUAAUUACCCCGAAAGUAAAUUGCCAAACGGUUAUUAACACAAAGAAUACCGGUUCGUGGAAGAUAGUUUUUCGAUUAGAGCUUGCAUUUAUCUAGCGCAACCGAUACGCGUGGUGAUAUUUCCAUUGCCGUGUUUCCCAAUCACCACGUGUUUUUGCGCAAUUCUCAAGUGCGGUUGGAGGAACCGUAUCGGAUCGGAAGCAGAAACGUAAUUCCCACCGGGCAAUAGAAAAGCAAUGGAGAACGGAACUUCCAACAAUCUGCAGGAUGGACUUUCGUGCGAGGAGUUGUUCAAGAAAAGUGAUGGCCUGACGUACAACGACUUUAUUAUCCUGCCCGGUUACAUCGAUUUUACGGCCGAAGAGGUGGACCUUUCGUCGCCGUUGACGAAGAAAAUUAUGCUGAAGGCACCGCUCGUAUCCUCUCCCAUGGACACGGUUACCGAAGCCGAAAUGGCAAUCUCGAUGGCGCUGUGUGGCGGCAUCGGUAUUAUUCAUCACAAUUGCACCCCCGAGUAUCAGGCCAACGAGGUGCAUAAGGUGAAAAAGUACAAGCAUGGCUUCAUCCGUGACCCGCUGGUGAUGGGGCCGGAAAAUACGGUCGCCGACGUGCUGGAGGCGAAGCGCAAGAAUGGCUUCACCGGUUACCCGAUCACCGAGAACGGUAAAAUUGGCACGCGCCUGGUCGGCAUCGUUACGUCGCGCGAUAUCGACUUCCGCGAGCACGAUGUGGACAUUAAGCUGAAGGACAUCAUGACCAAGCUGGAGGAUCUGAUCACGGCCCCGAACGGGGUCACGCUGCAGGAAGCGAACAGCAUUAUGGAGAAGAGCAAAAAGGGCAAACUUCCGAUCGUGAACAAAACGGGCGAGCUGGUGGCGUUGAUCGCGCGGACAGAUUUGAAGAAGGGGCGCACCUACCCGAACGCACUGAAGGACAGUAACAAACAGCUGCUGGUGGGUGCGGCGAUUGGAACGCGCGAAGAGGACAAGGAUCGGCUGGAGCUGCUGUACCAGAACGGGGUGGACGUGAUCGUGCUCGAUUCGUCCCAGGGCAACUCGAUCUAUCAGAUCAAUAUGAUAAAGUUCAUAAAGGAGAAGUACCCGUCGCUGCAGGUUAUUGCCGGGAAUGUGGUUACGCGGCAGCAGGCCUACAAUCUCAUCACGGCCGGCUGUGAUGCGCUGCGUGUGGGCAUGGGAUCGGGAUCGAUCUGCAUCACGCAGGAGGUAAUGGCGUGCGGUUGUCCGCAGGCGACCGCCGUCUAUCAGGUGUGCAAUCUGGCCCGGCAGUACGGUGUGCCGGUGAUAGCGGACGGUGGCAUUCAAUCGAUCGGACACAUUGUGAAGGCAAUUUCGCUCGGGGCGUCGGCUGUGAUGAUGGGCUCGCUGCUGGCCGGUACAUCGGAAGCACCCGGCGAGUACUACUUCAGCGAUGGCGUUCGUCUGAAGAAGUACCGCGGCAUGGGUAGUCUGGAGGCGAUGGAGCGAAAGGAUGGUAAGGGUGCGGCCAGCUCCCGAUACUAUCACACCGAGAUCGAGAAGAUGCGUGUGGCGCAGGGCGUUAGUGGCAGCAUCGUCGAUAAGGGUUCGAUACUGCGCUUUGUGCCGUACCUGCUGUGUGGACUUCAGCACAGCUGCCAGGAUAUUGGCGCCCGUUCCAUCUCAAACUUAAGAAAAAUGAUCUACAGUGGUGAGCUGCGCUUCAUGAAGCGUACCCACUCGGCCCAGCUCGAGGGUAACGUGCACGGUCUGUUCUCCUACGAGAAGCGUCUGUUCUGAGACCAACCCAACACCCAGGAGCCUGUCCCGUGAGGCACGGCUCAGGUCCCGCCCUUCCGAUCCUCCUGGCCGGUUUGAUCGGUGUCCCGGGAUGGAGGGGGGUGAGCAGGACAGGCAGUGGGGCACAAUGACACUUAAAACGGAACCGCGGUUAACACAGAACGCUGGUGUCUAUCGCAGCCACUGUUUGUUAAGCAGAAGUUUUGUAGUUCGUAAAAUUUGUAAGCUAAGAAUACGAUGAGACACACACACACAUGCGUGUGGAACGCCGAUGAUUUAAUCGUAAAAAAGGCGAAAACAAGAUUUAGUUAUAAGAAUCUUAAUAACACACCCCCCCCCCAACAUGGAAACCACAACGGAACAAACGGAACAAUCAACCCGGAAUCGGAACCGCCGCCUGAUGUGUUUUUUUCUUUCUUCUUCCCUUUUGGAACUGCCGCUGCUACACUGCUGGAUAGUAGACUGUUCAAACUUCUCCAUGUUGGAGAAAAAGCACUUAAUCGACAGAAAAACGAUACUAUGGUUUAGCAAUUCGGUACCUUCCAAAUGAACGAAUACUUAAAAAACAGACAAGCGUAACGUAAAUUAAGCAUACAAAAAAUACUAGACCCCUUCUAGAACAACGAUCGUGACAACAAAAAAAAAAAGCUCUGUAGAGAGAAAAAGGGACCUAUUUUCAAAAUGGCCUUCACGUAGGUGUAAAACACUUCUUUUUGGGCAAUAUUCAAUGUCGUACUAGCUGCGUGCGUCUGUGGAGGGAAGAGCAUAUGUUUAGCUGUUAAGGAACAAUACCAUUUGCAUUUUUUGGAACAUUAAUCCCGCAACGAGCCUGUUACUGGUUAAAAGGGGAAGAAGUACUUUAAAGACGAGCCUGACUGUGCGGCACAGCUUAACAAAAAGCCACUCCUUGGUGGAGUGUUUUCCGCGAGACAUAUUCCAAACCAGCCGACGCCCAUAACACACGGAGGAUUUAUUUAUAAACUAACUUUCAUCCACUUUGGGUAACAGCGACAGUUAUGCCAUUUAUAAUUGUCCAAAAUCUUUAUUGUUAUUGUAAACAAAAACAAAACGGCAAGAUAGUGUGAGAGCGAUACUUAAAAUUGGAGCUUGUAUGGUAAAUGUGUGUCUAUAAAGUUUAGAUUGGUUAAAACAAUCGUGAUGUGAACAAUUGUAAGCGAAUAAAUGUUAAUAAAUGGGAAAGGACGUGGGAGCUACGAACCGAUUUAAGAUAAAAUCUAAAA